UAUAAAGGUAAUAAUGGACUCUCAAAGUUGCUUUUGUGUAGGGGAUGAGGGAAAUUAACUUCCGCUGCCGAGGCUAAUGUUGAGCACCAAUUAAAAUCAAAGGAACACGCAUUACCUGGAAAACUCCCUUACUCCUAUUUCCAGCUAAGACAAAAAUAUAAUUGGCCAACCCUAUUCUGCUACUUAGCUGUGGAUUUCAAAGACUCGGGAGUUGAUGUAGUGGAGGUAUCGGCAAAACUCGGUGGUAGUGGCGGUUCCAACGUGGUCGGGAGCUUAGUACGAGUACUCAGACUUGGUCUGGCUAUUUGACGCUAACAGCCUGGUUUUCUGUCGGGGUAUUUCUCAAGUUAUGAGAAUUUCGAUAGCGCAAGGAAGGGGUGCUUCGUAUGGAGUUUAGUAUCAAAAAGUUAGACGCUGGCAAACCAGGCCUCUCACGUUAGCAAGGGUUGCCAUGUCAGUAGCUGCCACGUCAACAAUUGAAUCCUGAUGAAGUUCGAAACACUCUUCACACCGCUUCUAAUUAUUUUCCUUAGUAUUAAUACCCCCCCCCCAAAAAAAAAAAAAUCUACUACCACUUGUUAAUUAUUAUCUAGUUGCAUUGCAUUUGAUUAAUGACAAAAUAUACCAUAUAUAGACGAAAUAAAUGCCACAGGGGACAUUAUAACUUUUGACAAGACGGAGAAGUACAAACGUUUCUCUACAUAUAUGCUCCUUUGAAAGUUUUCCCGUUUUGCCCGUGGCAGUUUCUUGGCCAUGUAGUGAUAAAAUAUUUUUUUUCCCGGCAGGGCACCGUCCUGUACCCGCAUUUGGAGUGUUGCCAUAGGGAUCCAACACUGUGGGAGAGGCCAGAUGAGUUCUAUCCCGAGCACUUCCUCGACGCAGAUGGAAAAUACAUCAAUAAAGAGGGGCUCCUGCCUUUCUCUGUCGAGGGCCUUGGGACUGGAUCGAAAGAUAUACCUACUAGAAACAAUGAAGAUCGAUCAGAUGUCAGUUUCUCUCAACCAGACCCCAGCGAUAUUGGGAGUUGUUCUCCACGGACGGGUCUCAACGACGAAGCCAGUCAAAACCAAAGGGCUAUCUCCGAAGAAGGCGGGUCUGGUAGGCUCAGCCAUUGCCGAAACGAAAACAAGCGAAUACAGGAACAAACGGUAAGUUUCUACGUUUUUUUUUAUUUUUAUUAGGCACACCUCUGCUCUAAGGAAAAAAUUGUUAUUUCACUGGUCGUGAGGGAUUCUCUCAACCAAACAUUCUCCACAGCCAGAACCCAGCGUUUAUAACCCGGGACGGCCAGCAACAACACCCUCACCAACACCCCGUGAAAUAAGCCAACAUUUCAACGGGGCUUUAACAACGAUCGACGUGCCCAUCCCACCAGCAGACAACGGAGACAUUGCAUCAUAUUUCAACAACAACACUGGCCGUCUUCGCGGGGCAGUAGAGUCUGUAUUCCAAGGCUGCCAGCAGGUUAGACCUCCUUCUUUUAAAGUGCACGUUGACAUGCAUCUGCGUUUAGUCAGAGAAGACCCCGACGACGGAGUUCAAUAUAGAGAUAUGUAUAUGAGAAGUCAUAUGCAGGUAAUUAGCUAUGAUGAUAUAGAUUCAUAUGUACGUGAACUAUCCGAAUAUUUUGUUAAUCGGUUUGAACAUGACAUGUCAGACGAAGAGGGCAGUGGAUUUACGUUAGAUGAAAUAGUUAGCGUAAAAUUUUCCUUCUCUCUUAUAAUGCUGCACAAUAGUAUUGGAGAGUAUGUGCCCUAUCCUAAGGGUGUUCCAGGGAAAACACAAGUUCUCAACCCUUCAGGACCCACGGACUGCGUUUUCCAAGUUCUAACAGCUUAUCGCUAUAUAAAGUCAAGAAAUGUAGUUCCAUCGGGCAGACAAUGGGAUAAUGCUUGCUUGGGCUCUAUUAAUACAGGUAACAUUCCAACCCCGGUAUCCUGGGAAGACCUCGGUCGGCUUGAAAGAUUAAAUAACAUAAGUAUUCGCGUUUACUGUCUAGACAACGUUGAAGACAAAAAAGACGAACUAACUCUAUUCAGAAAGGGGCUCAAAGAUCAAGAAGUUGUUCAUUGUCUGUUGUUGGGGAACAGACACCUAGCUCGUAUCCAAGACUUUGACGCAUACAUGAACCUGUUUACUUGUCAACGUCGCGGAAAAAAAAAAAAAAUUGCGAGAUCUGCCUGUGCGCCUGUGUGAACAAGACAACGCUUGCUGAACAUGUGCCAAUUUGCCCAACGAUGAUCACAAGACUAAGAUUCCCACGCGCGGGCUUUACUGUGAAAUUUAUUAAUCAUGCUAAGGCAUAUGAGCCAUCUUAGUUAACAUUCUAUAACGUUGAGAGUAUUCUCGUAGAGCCUUCAUCGAAUGUGUCUGGAUGUGUAAAGAGACAUCACUUUGUCAUAGCGUAUGCUUACAUUAUAGUGAAUAGAAACGGAUAAACAGUACAGAGCGGAUCCUAUUGUGGAAGUAAUGCUGUAAUUUUAUUCAUACAAUGCAGCGUGCCUGGAAGAAGUUAACAUUUUCUAAAAAAUAAAAUUAACAUGACCGAUGAAGAUACGACACGUCACAAUGAGCAAACUCACUGUCUUCUCUGUAAACAGGGUUUUUUAAAAGGUAAAGGAGUAAAACAUCAUGACCAUGAAAAAUCAGGAAACAAUUACAUUGGAGCUUAUUGUAAUAGAUGCAACCUCCAAAUGAAAAAUCAAAAAUUGCAGCUCACUCUCAUUGCACAUAAUGCUAAUUACGAAAUGUCGUUAAUCCUGCGUGAAUUAACGAUACCUGAAUACCAUGAAUACCAUGAAGUCAUCAUAAGAUGAGAUUUUUUGACUCGUAUGCCUUUAUGUCUGGUUCACUCGCGGCUUUAGCGAACCAAUUCAUCAGUAAUGGGAACGAACCCAUAUGCACACAACAGAUGUUGAAAAAUGUGCCAACACCUGCGUUGCCAUUAUUGAUCAAGGGAAAUCAGGUGUUUUGUUAUGACUAUAUGGAUUCGAUGGAACGACUUUCUGAGACACGUCUUCCAUCCCGCGAAGAUUUUUUCAAUUCGCUUCAGGAAGCAGAACUUUCCGAAAGUGAUUAUGAACAUGCUCAGAAUGUUUAGAAAGUAGCUGGGUGUCAGAGCCUGAAGGACUAUUUGUUGCUUUAUGUAAUAGUGGAUGUUGGCCUUUUAUGUGAUGUCUUCCUAGAGUGGCGAGGUAUUUUGAAAACCCAGUGGAGGUUGGAUAUUGUAAAUUAUGUUAGCCUGCCAGGAUUUGCCUAUGACUCUUUUCUGUUAAAAACACAGCAGGAAUUAGAGGUGCUUAGUAGCCCAGACAUAUAUCAUUGCAUUCAAACAAAUGUGCGUGGGGGCUACACAAGAGUCGUGCGUCGUUUUGUACGCGCCAAUAACAUAUACACGAACCCUCAGUUUAAUCCAAAACAUAAUAGAAACACUUUCCUUUCGUAUCUUGACUUCAAUAGUCUUUAUCCCACUGUAAUGCAAGAGAAGUUGCCAUGUGGGGAUAUGAGAAAACUAGAUAAGACAGAAAUGCAGUUGUUUUUGAACGGGGGCUUGGUCAAUCAAGCAACCGAUGGCGGUUUUGGAUAUCUCAUUCUGUGCGAUACUGAGGCUGUCUCACGUGAAGUCGUUGAGAAAACGGAUGACCUCACACUGAUCAUCAGGAGACACAAUAUCACCAACAGAGAUAUAUCGUCAGUCACACGCGAAUGGUAUGAAGAAGAAAACCGUCCAGCACCGUGUAAGAACAUAAAACUGAUUGGAACACAUGCUGCUCAGGAGAAAAUGCUGUUUGCUCUGCCCCUCCUUAAACUACUUAUUCAACUAGGCCUGUUUGUUAAAAAAAGUGCAUGCUAUUUAUACGUUUAAGCAAAAGCACUUUCUUGCGGACUUCAUUCAGGAUAACAUAGACGCCCGCAAAAGUGCUACUUGCCCUAUCAAUAAAAAUGCAAUCAAGUGUAUUUCAAACUGCAUUUUUGGUCGAUUCCUGAUGAACGUGGCCAAAUAUAGUGAAGACAUAGAUAUUGUCACCAACCGCGAAAAGUUUUUGAAGCUGGCCCGAAGUCCUUACUUUAAACGCGUUGUACCUCUCAAUGAUGGCCAUGUAGUUGUAACUCGCCAUACGAAAUAUUCACGGGUGAAUCAUCCAAACUACAUUGGCUACUACAUCCUAGAGCUGUCCAAGCUGCGACUAUAUGAUUUCUAUUACAAUGUGUUGAAGGCUCAUUACGGAGAUCGGGCGAAACUAGUGUAUUGUGACACUGAUUCCUUAAUAACAGAAAUUGAAACUCCUGAUCUAUUAACAGAGUACUCGCAGGAGCCCUUCAAAAGCUAUAUAGACACAAGUAACUUUAGCCCCUCACAUUCCUUGUACAGCACAGACAACAAAGGAAAGCUUGGAUUUCUCAAGUCUGAAGUGGGGGAAAGAACCAUCUCAGAAUUUGUAGGUGUAAAACCAAAGUGCUACUCCAUCCUCUUGGCAGACGGUGACCGGUUGAGUUCAGCUAAGGGCGUUCCAAAGUUCAUAAAGAAGAAAAUUGUUCAUCAGCGAUACAAAGACGCCCUAUUCCAGAAGCAAACAUUUACCUUUGACUAUCAGGGAUUCACAGUGCGCAAUGGACGAAUGAGUACAGUAAAAUAUCCCAAGAGAGGGAUAUCUGUAGUUAAGGACAAAAGAUACUUCAUUAGCACCUUGGAGUCACGAUCUUACGGUCAUCCCGAUAAUUCUAUAGGGAUAGAGGAGGAAGAGAAGGAGGAGGAGGUAGCCCAGAUCAUGACGCUGUCAAACGAAGAAAAUUUGGAGGAAGGCGAUGAAAGAGGCAUAACAGAAGCGAGACUAGCCGAGGUAAUGGGUGGGCAAGAGAUCGGUGAAAUGGGAGAACAAGAAGAAACCUCUGAAUUGUGGGGAGAACGGGAUGUGCUGGCCGAGCAAUAUUUUCCCUCGAUAAAACAGGUAGAGACGGAUGAUGACAUGUUAAUGCUAGCCGCGGAACAGGAAAAAAUAAAUCAAAUGCUCUCAUCAUCCCCCCUUGAAUAUAUGCUAGAAGAUACAGUCUUUUCAGAAUAAAUUGUAGUUGUUUAUAAGAUAAGGACUGGUGUGAAUGUUGUAUAUAGUUAUUAUAGUGUAAGAAUUUGCCUGCUAUUUUUAUGUUAAAUAUAAAAUAUAUGUAAAUAUAUUCUGUAUACAAGGACUAAUGUUGGAGCCAAUGAUAUUAUAAAAUUGCACAUGAUGAAUC